AUGACAAUCUCAAAUGACCCACCUGUGACUGCGGCCACCACCGCCACGGAACCAAGACACGAAGAAUACCAGUACCUUGACCUCGUUCGGGAGGUCCUCGACGAAGGCGAGCUACGUCGCGACAGAACCGGCACCGGGACCUACUCCAUCUUCGCCCCGCGACCCCUCAAAUUUGCCCUCAACCGCGCCGGCACGCCCAUCCUCCCACUCCUAACCACAAAACGCGUCUUCACCAAAGCCGUCAUCGCCGAGCUCCUCUGGUUCAUCUCCGGCGACACCUCCUCCCACACUCUCUCGUCGCAGGGCGUCAAGAUCUGGGACGGCAACGGCUCGCGCGAGUUCCUCGACAACCUCGGCCUGACGGAGCGCGAGGUCGGCGACCUCGGCCCCGUGUACGGCUUCCAGUGGCGGCAUUUUGGCGCGGAAUACGUCGACUCGAAGACAGACUACACAGGCCAGGGUGUGGACCAACUGGCGCGGAUUGUACACACUCUGCGGACAAACCCGUUCGAUCGGCGGCUGGUGCUGAGCGCUUGGAAUCCGGCCGACAUGGCGCGCAUGGUGCUGCCGCCAUGCCACAUGUUUGCCCAGUUCUAUGUCUCCUACCCGCGUAACGCCCGCGGACCGCGUGUCGAACAACAGAAACAACAACAACAAACAGAACAAUCUGAUUCCACAAGUACCACAGCCCCAACAGAAAAAGGCCACCUCCACUGCCAGUUAUACCAACGCUCCUGUGACAUGGGCCUCGGCGUGCCCUUCAACAUUGCCAGCUAUGCCCUGCUCACCCACAUGCUCGCGCACGUGUGCAAUCUCGUGCCUGGGUCCUUAACCCACGUUAUGGGCGAUGCACAUGUCUACCUUAACCACGUUGACGCGCUCGAGACACAGUUGUUGCGCGAGCCGAGGGAGUUUCCUGAGUUGGAGAUCGCGGCGGGCACGGGAGAGAAGGAUGGGGAGAGGAGUAUUGAUGGGUGGAAGGUGGAGGACUUUGUGAUUAAGGGGUAUAAUCCGCACAAGAUUAUCCCGAUGGAGAUGUCUGUUUAA